AUGGGGCAAGGAGUGGAGUGCUGGGCCAUAAGACUGCUGCAUCUCAUUCUUCCCAUAGAAAAAAGUGCUCGGAGAAUGACUUCCACUAUGAAAUACUGGAACGCAUUUGGCUUUUACUUCAUUGUUCUCAACUAUAAUGUGACCAUCGUAGGAAAGAUUUGGUUAAUCUACAUGAUCCUGAUGAGACUGAUGGUGAUCUUGUUUGGGGCCUACCCUGUCUAUGACGAUGAAUUGACAGCUCUCGUCUGCAAUACUGAAGAGCCAGGAUGCGCAAGCAUGUGCUAUGAUGCUUUCAUCACAAUCUCUCAAGUUCGCUUCUGGUUUUUUGAGUUUAUGUCUGUCCUGAUCCCUAUUGCAGUGUUUAUCAUGUGUAUCUUGCACAGUGUGGUCAAGCAAGUGGUGAAGAUCUAUUCUUUCCCUUGCACUUAUUGCAAGCAGACAAAACUAUCCACCGUCUUCAGUGGUGCACAAACCAUCUUCAAUGAUGCAGAAAAGAGCAGAAUCUCUUGUGCUGCCCAUGAAUUGACAAUUCCUGAUUUCUCACGGGCCUAUGCAAUUCAUCUCUUUGUGAGGCUGAUGAUAGAAGUGGGUUUCAGAAUUAGCAGUUAUUGUUUGUUUGGUUUCUUCGUUCAGAAAUUAUACAGUUGUACCGACAAAUCUUGCUCAAGUAAAGUAACCUGCUUUAUCCCUAGGUCAACUGAAAAAUCUACCAUGAUUAUCUUACUGUGGAUUGUCAGUGCUUUCUCCUUAAUUCUUGGCCUGGUUGACCUCUUUGUAGCUAUAAAAGAUUGCAGGAGUAAGCGGCGUGGAGCCAGCAUAGCAGAGCUAAGCAGGAGCCGCCUGCACCGAGAACCAAGACCGAGCAGAGAUCUGUUCAGCCUGAGAAGUGUCGCCGUGGCUGAGGAUUGUAGCACUCUUCCCAAGAAAACCUACAAGAAGGAACAGCAGCCUGCAAAAGAUCUCAGUUGCUGA